GUGAGCUUCGUCACCGCCCUCACCACGACUUAGCAGAGUCGCGGUGGGCACUUCCGGAAGCCCUCGGGUGUCCGUUCGGUCUGUCAGCGCGCACUCACCCCGAGCGCGUCAUGACAGGAAAAGAAGCACAUGUCAAACCGUUGGGAAGGAAGAGCAUCUCAUAGAUCAUUCGAUGUGUCCUGUCCCCAGCACUGUUCACCAAGAGCCCAUCUGCUGUGAGUGCCAGGCCAAAUUUGGGGGCCUCCUGCCAGUGCCCAGGGCUGAGGCAGCGCUGCCUUACUGGGUCCCUCUGUCCUUGAGACCCCGAAAGCAGAUCCAAAAGAUGGUCCGGUUUCAUGUCCCCAGAACCACCAAGGCAUUCCCUUGCCCACGCCACCGCUUUGGGGGCCGCCUCCCGAUGCCUAGGGAUCAGGCCGUGAUGCCUUACUGGGUGCCCCAGGUCCUGAGGUCUCACAAGAAGGUGGUGAAAAGGCAGCAGAGUUUUAAAGGCAUCCCAGCUCCCCUGGACGUGCGCUCUGGGUACAACCGCUGGCGGAUCUGUGGCGAAGAGCACCGUCUCUUCAGGUGGCAGCAGCUCCAGGCCCUUCACCAGGCUGAGCCUGUGGCCCGGGGGCAGCCAGCAAACCCCCCGGCCCCCCUCCUGCCCCUCAGCCUCAGACUCCUGACCUUCCUUCAGGCCCUACUGAGGGUCAUUGUGGCCAUCCGCCAGUUUUUUUGGCUUUGAAGUUGGAAUCAACAGCUACAGUCAAGAACAUCAACACAAAUGUCAGUCAUACUCAAGGUCUUUAACAAAAGCCAUCAAAUCAGGAAGAGUCUGUGAUAGCCACUGUUUUCUCAAAUCUUAUAAUUCACACCCAAGAGUCAAUCCAAAUUAUUUAUCAUCAGGUAAUUCUUAGUUGUAGUGGAGUUGCUUUGAAUGCGGGUGAGGUUCCAUUAUGAAUACAGUCAAUAAAUGUUAUUUGUGAAACUCUUGAAGUGGUCACUUUUUUAACGAUAACCUCUGAUUUCCUUCAUGAAGGUAAAACUUGUUCUUCACCUCUGUGUCCCUGUGGGAGGGGGGCCAUCUCUGAGUCUCUCUUCCCCUUACAAGGACAGCAGAUCCUCUAGACAAGGAUCCUGAAGUGG